AUGUCGAAAACCUUUCCAGCACUAUCUAUAACCGGGAAAAAUUACGCUUCUUCCGCCACCUGCAACUAUGUUUUCCUCCCUCUGUACGACUAUGGGUCGGCUUAUGGAAUCACGGCUGAAAUUGAUCGAGCGAUUAUUGGUCUUAGCCCUGAUAUUAUUCUAGAAUCUUGUUACGAGAUUCAGUCCCGCCUGGACAAGAGGCUGAGCCACGUCUCUCAUAUCUUACCUCUUCGGGAAACGUCAAUACUUUGCAAAAGAAUGUUCUCAUCCGCUCGAGAUAGCCGGCUAGACUUUGCGUUAACAACUCUUGACUUGAAGAGCAUCCCUGGAAAACUUAUCCACGAUAUCACCUCGACCCCUCUUCACUGUGCCCUACUCAUCGUCGAGAUGCGCCACAUCAACACAGAACGGAGGAGCGCCGGAGACAGAAUUUUUAAAGAUCUUUUGGACAGCCUGGAACUUGCUACGCACUCUGUGUUUUCGAUGCUUGCGAAUCUUUACCGCGAGACACCGGACUCAUUGAGAAUCCAGAUAUCAACCCAUCAUGGAUUUGGAGUCUUUCUAGCAUUAGGGAUGCUUUUUGAGGCCUACGGAUCACGGUGUGCGCCAGUGAACACUGUGUACCUUCUAUCUGGUCACGUACUGGAGAGAGAACACUGCUCUGGGCACGCGCUUACACAUUUCAAGACGGUCUGCAAGCUAAGGAAAUACAUCUUAUCAGUAUUGGAACCAUCACCUGAGGGGGUCGGCGCGGAGAUUCAAAUUUGGGAGCACUUACUUGAACGACUUCUGACGGCAUUGAACUCUUUCCCAUGUGUCGCCAGAUACGACGAUAACCAUCCUCACUGGUUAGGCUUAAUUAGUGUACUGCACAACGAGGCAAAUUCCUUACCAGAGGUUAUGGGGACUGCAAGGUUUCAGCGUUUGCUCGACAGACUUUGA